GUGUUUUACAUUUCUACUCUAAAAUAAACAAAAACAAAACAAAACAAAACAAAACAAAACUCACUCUCCAAUUCAUCUUCUCUGCUAAAGGUUACUCAUAUUAAAAACUAUCAGUCUCAACUAUUAGAUUUAGGAAAACCACAGCCUGGAAAAAGCAAAAAGGAAAACAAAAAACAAAAAAGAAAAAAAGAAAACAAAGACGGUUUUGAUCUCCAUCUUUCUUCUCCCUAUAACUCUGUUGGUUUCAAAUGUUGAAGCUGUUCUUCCGUUUACUGUAUUCAUCAGUUCUUAGUCUGUUUCCUCUACAUUGCAACAGGAGUUGUUAGAAGGUUUAAUUAUUUAGCAGCAGAUGGCAGCUGAGCUCGUCAAUUUGGCAACAAGUGAUAAACUACCUGAAGUGGAUUGGACUAAGAAUAUUGAAAUUUGUGAAUUAGUAGGCCGUGAUCAGAGACAAGCUAGAGAUGUUGUUAAAGCUAUUAAGAAACGGCUGGGGAGUAAGAACCCAAAUGCUCAGCUAUAUGCAGUGAUGUUGUUAGAGAUGCUGAUGAACAAUAUCGGAGAACCUGUUCAUAAAGAGGUGAUUGAUACAGGGGUUUUGCCUAUUCUUGUGAAGAUAGUCAAGAAAAAGACAGAUUUGCCUGUACGAGAGAGAAUAUUUCUUCUUCUGGAUGCUACACAGACAUCACUUGGUGGUUCUUCUGGAAAGUUCCCUCAGUAUUAUUCUGCAUAUUAUGAUUUGGUGAGUGCAGGAGUACAAUUUCCUCAAAGGCCUCCGGAAACACAAACAAACAAUCCCACUUCACAAUCAAAUAAAAGAAGUACACUUAACGGUGAGCUUGUUGCCUCUAGACAUGAAGAGGUUGCUCAAAAAGCAGAGGCUCAAGUUGUUCCUGAAUCUAGUAUUAUUCAGAAGGCUAGUAAUGUCCUAGAGGUUUUCAAAGAAGUCCUUGAUGCUGUUGAUUCUCAAAAUCCAGAGGGAGCAAAGGAUGAGUUUACUCUUGAUCUCGUGGAACAGUGUUCAUUCCAAAAGCAGCGAGUAAUGCAUCUUGUGAUGACUUCUCGGUUACUUGUGGGAUCUCCAGCGGACAGUAACUUAUAUUCUUUUCAGAAAAACCACCUAAAAGUUUUGAAUUGCCAUGCCAACACAUCCAUUCUCUUACUUCCCGUCAAAUACGAUUGGAGCAGCCAUAGUCAAGCACCGAAAGCAAAGGGUCCAAUAGGUUCAGCCAGUCUAGAAUCUCCUAGGGGCACUACAAUUGUUUGGAAAUUCACAAAGUUGGAUGUUCUUGGACCACCUAUGAGGAGUAAUAAUUUAGGAAAGUUGGCAAAAUUGGAACAACCUAAAACUGCCGCAGAGCGAAUAGUUUUCCAGCAAAUGUUUCAAGUCUCAAUAGUUUUGUGGGCCUUUAAGCUUUGGUUCUAUCAGCUACGUUUGGAAGCAGAUAAUGAUGUUAAACAUAUGGAGUCUAUUUAUAUAUCUAUUUCCUGGUUCAAAUGCUGCCCCUUUGCAAUGCUUGACAGAUUACGAAAAGGGAAGGCUUGUGCAAGGCCUGUAGAUGAAGUGAACUCAGAAGAGCGCCUCUCUAUGGGCUUGCUUGGAUCUUCUAUUGCAGGAGAGAGGUUGAAUCGUCCCCUUAUAAGGCCAAUUAUUAGUUCAGAUCAGCCACAUGAACCUCUUGUGAACCCUCCACCUGUGGCAAUUCCACCUCCCCCUGCAAAACAUGUAGAGAGGGAGAGAUUCUUUCAGGAAAAGAAGGUUGAUGGUUCUGGUGUGACUGGCCACAUGAGGGGUCUCUCAUUACAUAGUCGCAACGCCAGCAGUUCUCGCAGUGGAAGCAUAGAUUUUAGUGAUUGACCACUCCGUAGAAAUAGGUUGUGGUGUGCUGGUUUGUAUUUAAUUAGUGAACUUUUUUAUGGUUUCUCAUAUUUUCUACUACGCUGGACUGUUUUUUAUGGAGUAGAGAAAAGUUUAUAGCUGCAGAACUACAAAUGGUGCUUUUUUGAGAUUGCUUGUAUUUAGAGUACUAUACUAUUACUUGUGAAGAGCUCUAGCCUCAGAUUGCACAUUAAGCAAUUGUUUCUAUACAUGUUUCAUUGGUAUUUUGGGCCUUCA